AUGGGCGGUGGCGUUGGUGGUGGCGGCGGCGGCGGCAGUACAAUUGGCGGUGGCAGCAUGCUGGGCGGACACGGUACUCUGAUGAGCACAGCGGGUAUGAGCAAUAGUACGGUUGGCGGCGGUGUUGGUGUUGGUGUUGGGGCUCCUCCUGGCAGUAUGUUGCACGGUGGCGGUGGCGGUGGCAUCGGCGUCGGAACGCCUGGUAAUAUGAGUAUGCCUGGCGUUUAUGGCAAUGGCAAUGGCGGCGGUGGUGUUGGCGGUCCAAUGGGACCAGGUGGAGGCAAUGGCGGUGGUGGGAAUGGCCCAAGUACGGCACCCGGUUCGGUGAUCGAUUCACGCGCGGUGUCCGUGGUCGUUACGUUGCCCGGUGGGCCGGGCGCGCAACACCCCGGGCAGGCGCUGAGCGACUACGGUCCUAUAUAG